UCUAAAUGUAUGCAUGACUUUCUGAUCUUCUUGUAGGUUUCCAACGUUCCCCCAAAAUUGCAGGAAAGAGAUUUUACUGACACUCCGUAUGUUCCUGUAUAUGUGAUGCUACCUCUAGGAACUAUCAAUAUGGAGUGUGAGUUGGUUGAUCCUGAUGAGCUUAUGAACCAGCUCAGGACCCUGAAGUCUGUUAACGUUGAUGGAGUUAUGGUUGAUUGCUGGUGGGGAAUAGUAGAAGCUAAUGUCCCACAGCAAUAUAACUGGAGUGGUUACAAGAUGCUUUUCCAAAUGGUGCAUAGCCUAAAGCUCAAACUUCAGGUAGUUAUGUCUUUCCAUGAGUGUGGAGGAAAUGUAGGUGAUGAUGUAUAUAUUCCCCUUCCGCAAUGGAUCAUAGAAAUUGGCCGUAAAAAUCCUGACAUUUUCUUCACAGAUAGAGAGGGAAGAAGAAACCAUGAAUGCCUUACUUGGGGAAUUGACAAGGAACGGGUUCUAAGAGGCCGAACUGCUGUUGAGGUAUGCCAUUCAUUACAAUUUUGACCUUAACUUGUUAAU